AUGGCAAAAAUGGUGGUUAAACCGGAUGGCCUAAACGGUUUCGAGCUUCAAUCAGAAUCGGAUGCUAUUAUGGAUCGGCAUCGAUUGGAUUAUCAGCAGCGACUCCGUCUACCUAGGGCUCUGACCAGUCAUAUACUGCGAGAAGAUGCGCACAGGAAUGUCUACGUUUCGGGAUCAAUUGAAGUAGAAGUAAAGACAGCAGACGAUGCACUCCAAGUAUUCACCACAGGUCUGAAACGUCGGCGUAUCGGCCAAACAGCUUUGAAUAGUGAAUCCAGUCGAAGUCACUGCAUUUUCACGAUUCGGUUGGUUCGAACAGGCUAUGACGAGAAAUAUGAUGAGGCCAUUGAGGACAAAAAUCUUCUCGUGAUCAGUCAACUGUGUUUGGUCGAUUUGGCUGGUUCCGAGCGUGCUCAUCGUGCCGGUACUCAAGGUGAUCGAUUAAAGGAGGCAUCAAGUAUCAAUAGCUCUCUCAUGAAUUUGCGUAAAUGUAUUGAAAUGCUGCGAGAAAUCCAACGUACUGGACAAUGGGCUCAGGGCUUGGCCACACCUGGAGGCACUACUCGUGUGGUACCUUAUCGGGAUAAGCGACUUACCCAUCUGUUCAAAAAUUUCUUCGAGGGUAAUGGCCGCGUUGUCAUAUUGGUCUGCGUCCACCAGUCUGUCGAAGAUUAUGAUGAAACUAUGCAUGUGCUAAAAUUUGCGGAAAGCAGUCAGGAAGUUUCGACCUUCCGGACACCUGUUAUCCCCGCACAGUCUCCAGCACCGAAUAGCCAAAGGCGUCGAUAUGCGGAAGCUUAUCGGGAUUCUGGUAGAUCGACAGGGACGACCAAUACUACGACAUCACUGCCCACUCUAAUCGAUGAACAAAUUUCACAGUACUUGGCGGAGUUAGUCGAUUUCGAUGUACAGGUGGAUCGUUGCCUGGCUCGCCUACUUAAUGGUGUGGAGUGUAAUGGCCAAUCGACCGAUUCCGGUACAGAUGCCACGGAUGAUGCGGUGCUAUGGGCAUGCGAUCCGGAACAAGAUUCUGCCCCCGAGAACGAUCGCGUUGUUAAGGAUUUGAAUUGCCGUUUUUUGUCAAACAACAUGUCUCCUUGGAAAAUUGACACGGAACCGUUGCGUGCGUUACUAACUCAGCGGAUGGACGCACAUCAGAGGUGUUAUACAGCGUUUGAACACGAGCUGAAUGCUUUUCGCGAACACUUGGGUGAUUUGGUGAACACGGAGACGGGCAAAGUCACCGAAGACGCCAACUUGGUCAGCAUCCUUUCUCGACAAUGGGAAAAUCGUCUAGCUGAGCAACAACAAGGCGAAAAACAACAACCGAGUGCACGCGUCAAUAAGACACGUGCACACGAUGCUCUCGGCACUUUGGUUUCAUCGGCUUCCAGCUCAAGCGUUUCUCAGCGUCGUGCGGCUGCAUUCAAUCCACGGCAUCGUCGUUCGCGCUCUGUCGGCGGGGAUACCAGUCGUUGGUUGGAACAUCAAGAAACGAAAGCAGUGCCCCUAGGCACUGUGUUCACCCCGAAUUUAAAACGUCGUAAAUCCGUCACUCAGGUCGAAUUAAAGGAUACUUUGAAAGCGACGAAUUACCUACUCCAUCAUCAAGAAGCUGAUUCGGACGGAAAUAUAGAAACACGUCUGUUCAAGGGUUCCAUCAUUCCGACUGCAGGAGGAGGAUCGGCUGUGAUUUUUGAUGAUGUUGAAGAAUUAAAACAACGCUCCCCGAGUACCAAGCAACGAAACUCAUCCACUCCAAAACGCAAAUCGUCACGUUUGUCGGCCCAUCAACCGACAUCCGGUUCGUCUGGCGAGGACUCACCUCCCGUGACCAAGGGUCGCAAGAGCACAAAAAGACGUCGUUCCCCGUCUACUGCUGCCCGUGAAUCUGCUUCCUCUACAGGCACACAGUCCUCACAGAGCUCUGCACAGACCAAUUCAUCGUCCAACUACGAACCAUUCGACAUCCCUCCAAGCACACCGAGAAUGCCCAAUCAUAUGAAUCGUGCGUCACUACUACUCGAGGACAGCACUCGAAUCGGUAUUACCAGCAACGGGGGCAUGGGCUCAUUUGGGUCUGCCACUAAUCGAAAUGCACGCAAGUGA